UUGUUCUCAUUACCGAUGUGACCAGUUUCACCUCCACUCACGUUAUCAAGCAGCUGCAGGAGGAAGGCUACCAGGUCCGGGGCCUAGUUUCUUCCCUUCAGGAUGAAGAUGCCAGAAUUAAACAGCUUCAGGAACUCUGUCCUGAUGCCAAAUAUAAAGUUGAAGUCAUUGAGGCAGAUCCCAGCAAGACAGGCUCUUUGGAGAGCGCAAUCAAGGAGGUGCAGUAUGUCAUCCAUGUGAUAAAACCUGUAGCGGCUCAAGCAGCCACACAGGAAGGAGAGGCUCCAGUACAGCCAGCUGUUGAUGCUGUCCAGAAUGUUUUCAAAGCCAGUGUUGAGUCUAAGACGGUCAAGCGUGUCAUUCUCAGCAGCUCCUACCAAACCAUUUCAGCUGUCCCAACUGCAGCCACUGAUAAAGUUUUUACAGAAGCUGACUGGGCCGAUUCAGAAUCUGCUGACCCUCUUGUCAAGUCAUUGAUUUUGGCUGAGAAAGCCGCAUGGGACUUUGUGAAGGAACUUCCAGAUGCUGAUAAGAUUGAACUGUGCGUGUUGAAUCCAACUUUACCCCUGGGACCACCUCUGUUGGAUGCUCAGUCUGAUGUUGUGAAAAUGUUGCUGGACCGAGGCAUCACAGGAUGUCCCAGAGUUUGCUACUCGCUGGUUGACGUGAGGGAUGUGGCAGCUGCUCACCUGAAAGCCCUGGAGUUGGAAAGUGCUGCUGGAAAUCGCCACAUUAUUCAUGGCAGUAAUCUGUGGAUGAAAGAUAUUGCCCUGAUCUUAGCCAAAGAGUUUAAACCUCAAGGCUACAACAUUCAUACGAUGAGCCUACCAAACGUUUGCCUGUGGGGCCUCAGCCUGUUCAAUAAAAAUGCCAAGACCUUCCUUCCAGUUGUUGGGAAGCAGAGCCAGUUUGAUAACACUCGUAUGAAAGAGGUUCUCGGCAUUGAGCCCCGGGAUGUCAAGGAGACAAUCGUUGAGGAAGCCAAAGUUCUUGUGGAGAGAGGACUUGUCAAGAAACCAAAGAGAGUCCGAGGUCAAGGGGCAUCUGCUGCUGCUGAUGGAGAAGUGAAGACUGAUGCAGAAGGAGAGAAGAAGGAGGGGGAAAAUAAAGAGGAGAAAGGAGAGGAGUCACCCAAGGAGAAUGGAGAUGUGAGUGAAGGAGCAGAUAAGAAAGACACAGCUGAAGAGGGCCAAGGGGACACUAAGACUGAGGAAACAACAGAUGGUAGUAAGCCUGCAGCACAAGAGGAAACACAAGACAUUGAGCUCGCAGAAGCACCUGAGUGUACAUGGUCACAUGAGAAAAGAAAGUGUGUUGCCACCAUCAUGGGAGAAAAAAUGUCACAGGAGAAAAGAAAGUGCGUUGCCAACAUCAUGGGAGAAAAAAGUGUUGUCACAGGAAAAAAGAAAGUGUGUUGCCACCAUCAUGGGAGAAAAGAAAGUGUGUGUGUUGUCACUAUUGUAGGAGAAAAGAAAGUGUGUGUGUUGUCACUAUUGUAG